GGAAGAGGCAGAAUUUAAAUUUUAGCGGCGGGUUUGGCUCAGUGAGCGCUGUUCGUCCUGCGGGUCAGACUGCGGCGUAUCCGGGCAGUUUACACCCAAACCAGCGCGAUGGGGAGCCGAAAAAGUGAAGCUCUGGCGUUCUCCCUUGUUUCUGGAAUAAACCACGCCAUGGCGAGGCUGGUGGACAUAUGGGACAGUAUCGGCAUCAUGGAGGAUCAGAGAAUUGAAAGAAUGCAGACUGUAAAGAAGCACAUUGAGGACCUUUUAAGGGACAUGAUCACUGAAGAGGAGACUCUGAGACAUCGCAUUAGAACCAGUAUCAUUACCACACAGAAGGAGUUGGAGACAUUAUGUCUGGAGAUGUCUAUGGACCCAUACAGAUUAGAGGAGGACCUGACGGUCCUGCAGCUGGAGAAGAACCUCCGCUGUCAGCUGGAGACGCUCCAGAAGGAAAAGAACGAGCGGCUGAGGGAGCUGAAUGACCUGAGGCAGCAGGACGAGGAGCUGUGUGUGACCCUGUGCUCCACUCCGUAUUACAUUCCCAGCGGCAGCCUGCCUUCCCAAACACAGCUCCAGGAGCUCAAGGAGCACAUUAAGAACCUUAGUGUGGAGAAGGAGAGCAGGGUGAAGGUGUUCUCUGGCCUCCGGGAGGACAUCAAGAACCUGAUGGAUGAGAUGGGCCACGAGCCUGAGACCAGCCUGGAGAGGGACUCUGUGGGUUCUGAUACAGACAUCUUCCUGCUCACACACGAAAACAUCCAGGCCCUGAAGCUGCUCCUCAGCCAGCUAGAAAUAAAGAAGGAAUCCCUUAUUUCAUCUCGGGACAAACUCAAGAAUCGAGCUACCAGCCUGUGGCAUCGCCUGAGUUAUCCGGAAGAGGAAGCGGAGGAAUUUAAACAGGAAGCACUGAGCACUCUGUCUGAUGACCUUAGAAGGUGGAGGAACACAGUGGAGCGUCUGGAGGUUCUGCAGCGGGCCAGGCUGGAGGAAGUGAUUGAUAAAGUACGGCAGGAGCUCGUGGUCCUGUGGGACAAAUGCAUGUUUGGACCAGAGCAGAGAGAACCAUUCAAUGCACACUUCUGUGAUAAUAACUACACAGAGGAGCUGCUGCUCCUACACGAUUCUGAGCUGCUGAAAAUGAAGGGUGUUUAUGAGGCGGCUCGUCCGUUACUGGAGGGCGUAGAGAAAUGGGAACGUCACUGGGUUCUCUUCCAGGAUUUUGAGAGAAAGGCAGCAGAUCCAAACCGAUUCUCCAACAGAGGAGGAGCUUUACUGAAGGAGAGCAAGGAUCGGGCCAAAGUGCAGAAGUUGCUUCCCAAGCUAGAAGAAGAGCUGAAGACCCACGUGGAGGCUUGGGAAAAGACUCAGGGCUCCCCCUUCCUGUUAAAAGGCCAGAGGGUGAUGGAGUACAUCUCUAAGCAGUGGGAGGAGCAUCGCAUGCAGAAGGACAAGGAGAAGAACGAGCGUAUGUCCAAAAAAGCAGACAGCUCUCAUUUUAAAACCCCCACUAAGAGACCCCACGGACAGGCCAACAGCAGCGUGACCCCCAGCAAGAUCAGGAAGACUCCUAGUCAAGCUGCUCUUCGCACCCCAACCAUGAGCAGCAGCAGCAGCAUCAGCAGCAGUGUCAGCACCAGCAACGUGUCCAGCACCUUCCUCUGUGUUCCUGGAAAGCCUCCACUAUCAGCAAAGCAGAGAACUAAGACCAUAGAGACUUGUCCGAACCCCAGAACUCCACUGCAGGAGUCCAACAGUGAUAAGAAGCCCAGCUCCAUCAGUUACGCAGACUUUACAAAUGAGCUCUCCAAAAAAGCCAAUCACAACGCCAUUCUGAACUCCACCGUUAAGGACAUGCUGUGAUUUUGUCUCCAGAGCGUAGAUCAUUCUACAAUUUCCUCCCACGGUUCGUGGUCUGGAAUUUCAGGUCAUUAUUUUUAUAAAAGGUCAAUAUCAUGGGCAUUUACCGAUUUGAGAAGCAUUUAAAUAUUACAUGUUUUUUUUAUUGUGUGUGUGUGUGUUUGUUGAGUGAUGUCUUUUUUCUUUUUAAAGAGCUUUCUUUUGCCUUUGCAGUUUAUGCAGUUUAUCUAUGUUUUAAAUCUCUUUAAAUCUUUUUUUUUAACCCUUCUUUGUACAGUAUGAUUCUUGAUUCUUUUGUAGGGGCAUGCAAAUGUGAUGCAUUUAAAAUAUUUUGUUCCGAGUGCUUCUGAAGCUGUGUCUGUUUUGUUAAAAGCCAAAUAAAUAUCGACAAUA